CUUCCUCAUCGCCAGAAUAAAAUCAGAAAACCAGAAAAAAAAUGCCACAAUGGAUACCCCCGGCUCAAUUCCUCGCUAUCCAGAUCCUAACCGGCACCACCGUCGCCUUCACCCCAGCUAACUCUCCCCUCCGAUCAAUCGCCUCCCUCCUCGUACUUGUCCUCGCCUACUGCAUGCAAAUCAGCGCAAAUGCCCACCUCCAUGGCACCCGCUUCGGCGCCCCGCUCGUCGCAAUGUGCUGGAUGAACGUUCUCAACGGGAUUGAUUUGCUAGUCCUGACGCGCGCAGACUACGAUAAACAGCUCGCAUACAACAACACAAAGCUGAAGUCAACCUCCGACAAAUCACCAAAUAAACCGCAAAGCAAAUCUCUCCUCGAAAAAUACCUCUGGUCUCUAAAUCUCUCCUUCAACUACCGCCGCAUCAACACCCCCUGGCAAAUCCGCGCUCUCACCACGUUCAACAAAAUCCCAACUCGGACCCAAUUCCUCCUCACCUCCCUCCUCAAACUCACCAUCUCCAUCGCAACCAUGCAGCUCCUCACACUCGAGACCACCGAUCCGUAUCUCGGCCGCGCAGUGGAAAAAUUACCCGUUCGACCAGACGAGAUAAUACUCCCGUUCUGGUAUCAUAGUGGCUGGGGCAAAGAUGACCUCGUGCUUAGAUUCCUCUUCACUCUCUCGUUUGGAAUCGUGGCGCGUGCGUUCAUUGUCGCGGGAUAUACCUCUGCCGCGGUGGUAGCUGUAGCAUUGGGCCAAGAGCCGAGUAUGUGGCCGCCUGUCGGGGGUGGAUUGCUGGAUGCGUGGUCGAUUAGGAGGUUCUGGGGAAAAACAUGGCACCAAACCCUCCGCCAACUCCUCUGCUCGAACGCCGACUUCGUCUCGGGAUCUAUUUUGCGUCUUCCGGUCCGAUUCCAGUGGUGCUUCCGGGUGAUUUUCGCGUUCGUUGUUUCAGGUUUAGUGCAUACGGGAAUGGAUGUAGGGUUCGGGGUACGGAUUGAUGAAAGCGGGGCAUUGUGGUUCUUCGCGUUACAGAUUUUGGGUGUGGCGGUGGAGAUGCUUGCUGAGACGUUGUUGGCUCCUGUGAGUGUGUUUGUGCCGAGAGGACUCAGACGUGGGAUUGGGUUUAUUUGGGUAGCGGUUUUCAUGAUGUGGACUUUGCCGGUGUGGAUUUAUCCUAUUUUGGUCCAGUUGUAUGGAGAUGGCGUGCGCAUGAUGAGUCCAUUCUUGGGGUUUGAGGGAUGGGAUAUUUGAUUUGGUUUUGAAUUGCAUAGCGUUGGGGUUGGGUAUUAUUGUUAUGUUAGAUUAUAUUAGAUUUAUAGAUGUAUAGUAGGGAUACUAGUGGUGGAUGUAAACCUAUAAUGCUGCGUCCCAGUCUACCCAAGCGAAUGUAUUCAACAGGUCGAGAUGGGGGUCUGCGCCUAUAAGGUCCGGUAGCGCGUCUAGGGCUCUCGUCGGACUUUGUAGCGAUGCCGGCAUGCUGAGGAUUCGGUCCAGUGAGCGUUGCAAUAUUCCCUUGAUUUGCGCCUUGGCUGCGAUGUCAGAUUCGGAGGGCCGGAGCCAGUCGAGAAAGGCGACCAGCACACUGAGGUUCUGGAUGAUGUCC